AUCACAUUUUUGCUAAAUAUCAAUAUUUUUCGGUAUUUGAAGGUGGUUUAUAAACCAAGUGAGGUUGCCAUGUCGAAAUUAUUGCAAAAUACAUGCUCAUGUGAGCGUACGAGCAAUUUAAAAAAAAUGUGUGUUUCCAACACAGUCAUGUGCGGCAUGGAUGUUUACUAAAAAUGUGCAGGCCGAACACAUUUUUGAGCGUAGCCGUUUUUGCGUGUACUCUGUUGCGUCGCCGUCAGUUGCAGUGCGUCUUUUGUUUGUUGAAAAAAAAAACAUUUUGCAAGUUUAAUUUAUCAAAAAUGGCUCGAAAACGCACUACUGCGUCGAAAAAACGCGUUCUAACGCUGGCAAACGAACAGAACUCGGAGUUUAUCCUGAAAGGAUUUCCAGAAUCAACCGUAAGCUGAUGCAAGAAACGCUAUUUGGUGAAUUUUCUAACCUCUCUUUAUUUCCAGAAAGCGCUCGGGUCCGACGAUAACCCGGCCUCGGCGAAAAUCGAAAACAGGCGGAAAAAAGUCGUCAAAUUAGGUCAGUCGGGUCAAUCCGGAGGUGAUCCGACGAAUAUCAAGCGUGCUGGCUCCACAGUCGGUUCUACAAAGGCUUUGCAAAAACCGAACAGUGGAAACAACGUUCCGGAUUUGACAACGCAUGCAUCCGGAAAGCCAAGCGGCGUGUCCGCUGCCAACAAAUCUUGCCUUGGAAAACCAACAGAGAACGCCGCUGAACCGGGACACACUUUCUCCAGGAGUGAUACUAUCAAACAACCUGGUCUGUCAGGCGGAAAAUCAGUCCAGUUUGCAAUGAUUCCUGGAGACGAUCUUGCGGAAUUCCGGAAAAUUCCUGGAUCCGGCAAGCCAAGUGAUGAGCCUGCCGCCAAAAAACGGUCCUUUGGCAAACGAACAAAGAGUGGGGCCGAACCGAAACGCACGUUUUCCGGCAAGGAUCAGGCUAGUCAAGCUGGUUCGUCAGGCGAAAAAUCGGAGGGGUUUACAACGUUUUCACAGAAACAGGACAGUGGAGAUGAUCUUGUGGAAUUCCGGAAAAUGCCUGGAUCCGGUGAACCAAAUGGCGAGCCCGCUGCUAAAAAACAAUCCCGUGGCAAAUCCACGAAGAGGGAUACCGAGGCUGGAAGCACAUCGUCUUCAAAUUACGGAAACGCAACACCAGGAACCUCCACGAUUUCCGAAGUUUCGCCACCAAUCGGCGCCAAAGGUACUCAGCGAUCUGCAAAGCCUCAACAACAAACUAAACCUGGCGCCAUACGAGCAGCGGGUGUGCAGCAAACUACUUUGCAACAAUUUACCGGAAACGACAUGGAAGGCACUUCUGAAACAUCAGAUUCUGACAAUCAUGCCGAUAGUUUUGGUUGCGAUGAUGACGAUGGACAUGAUGAGUUGGAACAGUGUGGCGAACGUGACAAACUUGAAAUGAAGCAAAUGUCUGAAUCUGUCGAUUCUGAUGAGAUUUCCAAGAACUGGGUUGUCGCUAAACCAAGAUUACUUUCUGGACUGAAUAUCGGAAAUAGUGCAGGACAAACGAAGUCGCAACAUUCCGAUUUGGAAGACACGUCGGUGGAUUCAGACAUGGAAAAUGAUUUUCUUGGAUGGGACAUGAGCGGAGAUGAAAUGGUGAACAAAAGUGUACAGAAUCAGUUAACUUCGCAAGAGAAGAUCCAAGAAUGUUCAUGUGGAUUGGCAGAGGAAGUGGCCAAACUGAAAUCUGACAACUACGAACUACAGAGGCGGAACAUGUACCUCAAAAAGCGCAAGGACACUAUUGAACGAUCUCAUGCAAGGAUGCAAGAAGCUUUGAUGUCGAAGCUUUUACCUACCACUCACAAACCGUUUGAAAAUGUAACAGGAUAUCCGGAUUGCCUGAGCGCAGAUAAUGUAUCGAAGAUGUCCAUGGUGGCAAAGGAUAGCGAUUACAUUUUCGUGAAACUGCUUAUGUACGCUAUUUGGCCAGAAGGUUUUGAGGGAAAAUCGGUAACGGGACGAUCAUCGAACAAUCCGAUGGGUCGUGGCAAGAAAAAUGUCAAUGAUGCUGAAGAUGAUGCCAAUAACCGAACAAUUGCUGAUCGCACUGCACUCGAGAAGAACAAAGUGCAAUUUGUUAACGAUUGUCUCCAUGAGCGUCGGAUCUUAUUGAAUGAUACAACACUGGUGGCACAGAAGGUUGCUUCUAAGUGCAACCGACUUAUGCAAAACGUGAUAAGUAACUGUAAUCGUUAUAAAACCUCUGCUUAAUCUUUCGGCGGUCGCGCGGGCAUCCAUCGCCGAUUGCAGAACGCUGUGCACAACAAACAAUGUUGUACAGGAAACAACAGCGUUGCCCGUGGAGGUUCAAUUUUGUUGAAAACCUUUUUUUAAUUAUGUGACUUGAACUACAUUUGUUUUAAACUUUUUUUAUUAAAUAUGAUCGAUAUGAAUUCUGAUCCGGUUGAAAAAUCAAAACUAAUUUGAUUAAUAUAGCUGGGCUUGUAUUGAUUUAUCUGGUUAAAUAAAUGACAAGAUAAAAAGCUUUAAACACUUUUCUAUUAUUUAUAUUUUAAGUAAAAAGAACAAUGAAUUCUAUUUUUGUUAUAACCAGUGUAUUAUUACAACAAAACGAUAACUAAUUAUGUAUUCACAAUUUUGUUUUCCGUCCAUACUUUUCAGAGCACAUUUAUAUCAAAAUUUGAUGUUGUAAAUUUGUUUUCAUCGUUUUCAUUUUACUGCAAAUUGAUUACUCAAUAUGUUCUCUCAGUUUUGUUUUCAUUGCCCUAAUACAGCAUCAUAUUGCAUACUCGUUUUGUUUUCAACUGAUAAAAAACCAAUAUCUUAUUGUGUUUUCAAUUUGCUAGCACCGAUAGCAAAACUAGUUUUCAACUUGAUUUCAGGGGAACAUUUUUCUGCUCUCGAUUUUGAUGUUUUAACCGUUAAAACGACCAAAACGACAGCAACGUGAGUAAUCAAAAUCUACGACAUCACAACAUCAAAAUUAGUUUUCAAUUUGCUAUCAACCUUUGCUCGGGCUACCCCUACCCCAAGUAACCACGUUGCUGAAGCCUUAUUGCAUGCUGAUAUACGGUGUAUUUAGAGCAAUCAUUACUUUACAUGCUAACUUAAGGAUGGUUUAAAGUGGAAAUGGGCAAUUAUAGAAUCAAAUUACGAUAAUACUGGUAUAAUCUUAAAUCAGUCGCAUUAUUGCCAUUUUCACUUUAAAUCAACCUUAAGUGUUCAUGCAUAGUAACGAUUGCUCUAAAUACACCGUAUAUCAGCAUGCAAUAAGGCUUCAGCACCGUGGUUACUUCACUUGGUCACGAAUCACGAAUCACGAACAAAUUUGAACCAUACAAAAAUCAGCGAGAAUCGUUCAUCAUUAGGAUGAGUUUCAUUUCAUACAUUUGGGUUUCAGACAUCCGAUACAAAUGUUCUAUUUUCUCUAGAUGGGAAGUAUAACAAAUGAGUAGAUCUAGACGCACUCUGAAUAUUUUUUCUACUACAGUGGAGUUAUGCACAAAACAAAAACAAAAAUUUCAGUACCAACCGUUCAACAAUUAACUGGUUACCCUACCAGAAAUUCCACGGAAUACAAAAAUUUUUGAGAAAAAAUAUCAAGGAAUCAACUGUAUUUCUAACUAAACAAAAAUAAAAGACGGUGGCAUUCCGCGUCUAGAACCUGAGGUGCACCUGUGCUUGAUGCAUGGCGCAUAGUUUGGGAACUACUGCCUUAGAUCUAUAUCCAAGCUUAGUCUUUCGGCAUUUUGCUAGGAACUAUAAGUUUCUGUCAGAAACUUCUUGUAUUUCGACUGCGCUGCAUUCUGGUAGUGGUAGAAAGCUCAUAAUUUCUUUUAACCGUGAGUAUGAUAGCGUGUGGAAUAUUAAAGUUUAAAUUAUUGUAAGCCAGAUAAUUUCUUAGAAAAUAAAUCCGUUUUUUUUCUUCUUUUUGGCGCCUGGCUACCUCAACGGAUAAUCCGUAUGAUGAAUUAUUGUUGAACUACUGAGAUUAGAUAAGAAUCAGAGCGAUAAGUGUGCAAGGAAACAAACUUUUCUGCAUUAUUUGCAUUGUACAUAUAUUAGUCAUCUAUUCCAACCACUGCUUAUCUAGGCACUCCCGUCUGAAGAGAGUUAUCAGUAGUCGAAGUACCUGCGCUUCACCCAUAUAUGCAACGUGUACAGUAGUACAACUUUCGUUUGUUUCGAUUGCGACAAUCGUUUGUUUAUCCAUAUUGUACGGCUGUUGUUUUAUCUAGGUAGGAUGUCGUGUGUUCGUCACCUGAUAUCGAAUAUGUUCGAUGGAAUGUGGCUAUUGAGCACGCACAUCAAAACGAUGUUUGGUCACUUUUUUGGCGAAAAUCCUGUUAUGCAAACAAACACUGAUGGCUGGCUGGCUGAUGCUCGAGCUCGAAUCGCUCGUUCAUUGAAAAAUUGUGCUAACGGACGACGGACCUGGAAGGUAAUCUGAUGAACGAGGUGUGCGCUUGGACGGUAUUUUAUACUACCCACGAAUACUAUUUUGGUUUUUGCGUGCUGGAGCCGGUGUAAUGUUGUCUCUUUUCUCUUUUUUUUUCGGGAUAGGGGAGAUGUUUCGGUUGUCGCUAUUUGCUUAUAAUAGUCGAAUUAUACAGCGGCUACUCAAGGUAUGAUGACAGAACUUGUUAAACCCAUUCAGUUGAGAUUAACUUCAAUCGUAAUAAAAGUUAGUUUUGGCUACAAAUAUAACUAAUUGAAGCACACUUAACCUUAGAUUUAAAACAAGUGUGAACAAUCAAUGUUUGAUUGAAAAAUAUGUUUUUCAAGCUAGUCAUAUAAAACUUCCAUCUUAAAGCUGGAACUUGUGGUAAUUUUCUUAAGGCGGUUCAAGAGAUGUUGUAUUGUUGAAUUUAUUUUAAAAGUUAAUUAUUUUGAUUUAAACAUCAAAUUUUAAUUAAAAAAAAGCCAACUAUCUUUGUAUUCUUUAGUCGUUUCGACUUACGGUAUUUUGGGAUAUUGAUUACGUAAAUUUAGUAAUUUCGUGUUUUCAUCCUGUUGGGGUGCGUCGCCUAUUUUUCCAUUACUUGAAACUAUAAGGUUCAGUACAUAAUCAGUAAUCUUCUACUCUAAUAACCUGCUUACAUCGGCAAUACUGUUGAGGGUAACAAGGACAAGCUGUAACACUUGUUUUAAAACGAUCAAACAACACAAUUACUCAUUUUCGUGUCAUUAUUUUUUCAGUGUUUAUGCUAACAAUCUUUUAUUAUAGUAUAGUGUUAACAUUUAGCAAAUCGCGCAAAUUUCUAGAUAAUUCAUGAGUAUCUUUUGGUCGAGUAUUCGAUCGAUUUUAUUGCAUUGCGUUUGUAUAAUGUCAACGAUUGGAACAUCUACCCUAGUCCACGAAUGUGCCGGUGCCGCUAGAGCUAGAUAAUCUUCUUGGUGGACUGUUUGCUGUUUUGUUGUAUGUACCGUACCUACAUACUACCGACCGUAUGUUUGAUUUGAUGCCGUGCUGCAAGUAGGUGAAAUUGAUUUCGCCUAAUUGUUUUGUUGGCGCUUGACCUUGAUUUGAUCGUCGGAGGAAAUUUCGUAUCCAUAAAUUUGGCAGGUGACUGUUUCGCUUUUUUAUACGUGCAGAACAAUAGGUACAUGUGAAUCAAUAAUUUGUGCAUCUGCAAUGAUUACGAAUGAAAAUUAAUGAUCCCCC